AUGCGCGCUCUAACCGGACUUUACCUGUCCGCGGCCUGCUGCGUCUUCGGCCAAGCACUCGCUUGGGGUCAACAACCCGACGGCUACGAGGUGAUCGACGGUCCUGAUGGCCCCGAGUCCGUGGACGCAUGGCGUCGUGACUGGACCGCCUGGAAGAAAAUGGAGCUGAUCACCAACCGGUACAACCCGAAAGACUCGUGCAACGUGUACAACAUCCAGCAAACUCAAAGGACGCAGCAGAAUUUCGUGCAGACGUUUCUUAUGAUGAACGACCGCUCCAUCUACGAUCGCGAGACCCAGCAAUACACGGUGGACAAGUACGUGGAUGACAUGCAGAGUCGUGUUGGCCCCAUUGACAGUGUGUUGAUCUGGCCUGCAUACCCGAACAUCGGUGUGGAUAACCGGAACCAAUGGGAUCUCCUACGAGACCUUCCCGGUGGAGUCGAGGGCGUCAAGGGCGUCAUCGCUGACUUCCAUCGUCGUGGUGUCCGUGUGAUCAUCCCGUACAAUCCAUGGGAUAUUGGAACUCGUGACGAGUCUGGACUGGAAGAAAUGGUACGCAUGUACAACGCCGACAUCACGACGCUAACGAAAGUUAGUGGGUCAUGGAACAUUACACCGACAGUUUUUUAUCCUUACCGUAAAUUACCACCCUGA